UUUCGGAUUCUUCAUUCCUCCUCCGCACUCCAAAGAACCCAAUUGGGCGCCUCCUUCCUUCACCGCUUUCGUCGUCGAAACUGAGAGGCUGAGAGCAGAGCACGGCGAGUCGGCGCCUCCUCCCUCCCUCCAUACCAAUACCAAUCUGAAGCUUCGAAACUGAGAGCACGCUGCUGGUCGCGUUUGUUGUUCGCGUUGCUGUUUAGAUCACGUUUUUCGCAUUUGCUGUUGGCCUCGCCGGUCAGAAUAAGGUUCACGUUGCUGUUCAUUGCUUUCCGCUUCUCUUGCGUUGCUCAAGCCUGGCAUUGUGCAGUAACAUUUAUCAAGUUCAUUGAUAAUACCAAUCCAAUGGAUGAGAGAGUCGGAAAGAAAGGAUCCAAGUUUAACAGGAGUAAGGACUUUAUGGAUGUGCCGGCAAAUGAUGAAAAGGAUAGGGGACAUAGUCUUAAGAUGGAGCCACAUAUAGAAAAGAAACGGAAGCAUAAGGAUAAAAAGAACAAAUGCAGAACUGAUGAAGUGUUCAAUUUGAACGAAGUUGCUGAGGAAAAUUGUACAGGUAUAACAGCCAAGGGACAAGAUUGUUCCAGUGAAGGGGAUGUCACUUUUAUGAGAAAUGGAGAGGAGGACAAUAAAAGUAAGAGAAAGAAAAGGAAGAAGGGAAAAGACAACAAUGAAAUAAUCAAUGGUAUGAUUGUUGGUGAUAAUGAAAUGCCGUCCUUAGAUGAUAAGCAAGAAAGAAAAACAAAGAAAAGAAAACAGUGCAAUGAUUCAAUCCCUGGAAUGCAAGAAAGUUCUGCUCUGAAAUCUAGAGGUGAAAACAACGGAACAGAGGUUAACGGGUUUGAAAGCAAUGAAGGUGGAUCAUCUUUAGCCAGAGUUAAGACAAUAGAUGCUAAUAUGCAUUCUGUUGUCACUAACAAUGAUGAUAAAGGGAAGAAGAUUAAGAAGAAAGAAAGGGCAAAGAAGGAGAAGGAGAAGGAGAAGGAGAAGGAGAAGCUAGCCAAAAAAAGAAAAAGAGUAGAAGAUAAUGAGUUCAAAAGCAAUGGGGGUGAUCGAGCUUUAGCUGAAAGUGAUGAAGGUGACCCCCAUUCCAUAAAAAUCAAUAUGCGGGAUGCUGCUGAACAUGCUAGUUUUACCAAAGGUGAUGAUCAAGUCAAGGAGAAGAAAAUGAAGAAGAAGAAGAAGAAGAGCAAGGAAGAUAAACGAGUGAAGUUUUCUGAUCAAGUGGAGGUUUUCAAUGAUGGCUUGGUGCAAGGGAAAAGGUUUACACCAGAAGACGAUGAGAAGAUUAAAGAGGCUAUUUACGGCUAUGUAUAUUCUCAUGGAUUGGGUGAUCGUGAUCAAGGUGUGGAUAUGAUUCUCCAUUGCUCAUCUUAUCCUCAGCUUAGAGGUUGUUGGAAGGAAAUUGCAUCAGCUUUACCUCACCGGCAUUGGCAAAGUGUAUAUUAUCGUGGUCACGUUUUGUUUGAAAGGGGCGAAAGUCGUAAAUGGAGUGCUGAAGAGAUGGAAACCGUACGAAACUUCUAUAAAAAUCAUGGUGCUAACUGGAAAAUGUUGGCUGAUGCAAUGGGAAAACAUCGGUUUCAUGUAAAGGAUUCAUGGCGUAGGAUAAAAUUAGAAAAUAUAAAACAAGGACCUUGGUCACAAGACGAGUAUCAAAAAUUAUUUGAUUUAGUAAACGCUGAUCUAUGCUUGAGGGCUUUAGAGGACCAUAAGAAAUCAAAACAUGGUAUGUUGCGGGAUAAUAUAUGUUGGGAGGCAAUUGGUGAUAAGGUGGCAACUAGAACCAGUCAACUUUGCUGUAUGAGGUGGUAUGACAAAUUAACAUCUCGAAUGGUUGCUGAAGGCGAAUGGUCUGAUACUGAUGACUACCGCCUGAUUAAUGCUUUAUAUGCAUUGGAUGCCUGCUGCAUGGAGGACGUGGACUGGGAUUAUUUGCUUGAGCAUAGGUCUGGUGAUGUAUGUCGAAAACGAUGGAAUCAAAUGGUCCAGCAUAUCGGAGAGCAUGGGAAGAAGUCAUUUUCUGAGCAAGUGGAAAUUCUUUCAAAGAGAUAUCGUCCUGACUUGGUGGAAGCGAGAGAAGCCUUUGAUAACAAGCCUGUGAUCCCUUGAGGUUUUUGUCCAGUUGGGUUGGCUCCUUGAAAUAUUCUGAUCUUGUAUCACAGGUUAGAUUGCAGUUUUGAUUUUGUGCGAGGUUGAAGCCCUUUCUGAAUUUCAACUGCUGGAAUCUGUAACGGUCUUUAUGGCAUCUUGUACCGUAGUGUUGUUUUUCAUAAAAUAUGGAUUCUGUUCUUCUGUCUCUUUUUAGUCAAAAGUUGAAACUUGGAAGGGAUUGUAUCAACUGACGUUGCUGAAAAUUAGUAAACUAUUUCUCAUGGGGAUGCAUGUAUCUGGCAAGCAGUUUCAUUCCGAAUGUACUUAUUUGUGA